GUCAGGUAUUAGUGCUAAACUUCUGCAAGGAGCAGGCAGGAUUUAGGCUGCCUCUCUGCUCUCUGGACUCCCUGCAGCCUUUCCUGCCUGGCACUGAUUCUGGAAGUGGAGUGCUGCACACAGGAUCAUGCAAAGAGCUUUUAUGCUGGAGCAAAGUCUGUCUCUAAGGAUCUGAAAAGGUGCUGUCUUUUGUUAAGACAUGGAAGAUCCAAGGAAGAGCCCAGUGGAAUAUAGGAGUAAAGAGCAGCCAGUAAAGACCACCGAAAUAGGGUCACGUUGUGUAGUUUUCACAUAUUAUCAGGGGGACAUUAAUAGUGUGGUUGACGAGCACUUUUCUAGAGCAUUACGGAAUACAAAAGACCCACAAGACCUAAGUACAAGGAAUAGAAGUGACGAUUUUCUGCCAAAAAACAGCAGUAAUGUGUUGGUAGAAGAUUACACCUGGACAAAACCCUAUCAAUCCAACACCCCUGUACAGAUGACAUCUACUGUAUUAUCGCAGCUGGGCUCACCGUCUGAGCACUACCCAUCCUCAGCAAUCUACCAACAGCACCAGCAGCCAGCAGAUCUCUGGCAUUUCCACCAUUUUGGACCCCCUGGCCAUGCUAAUUCUAUGUAUCAUCACCAUUCAGUCCCAGAGUUUCAGAUGGUUCCAGGGCCUGAUGGAAAAUGUGGAUCAUUUCUUAACCUCCUGCAGCCUGAGAGAUAUUCAGGUCCUCUGCAGGAGUCAGCGUCAAAACCUGAUCUCACAUCUACAGCUACUGGGCCUCCUAUAUCUGAAAAUGUGAAUCAAAGAACACACGCACAAGCAGGUCUUCAUGCUCAGGAGAGAAGAAAGGAGUUUUUCCACGCACAAGAUAGAAGGAAGGAUUUAUAUUUUUAUUAAGUACUUAUUUUUUCUUUGUAAAGCGCUAAGAAGUUACAUUCUGGACAUUUCUGUAGCAUCCGCUGUACAUUGCUGUUGUACAUCAAAGGACAUUUUAAUGAGUUGACCUCCACAUGAAAACGAUGAUUAUUUUGUAGAUAUCUUCUUUAAGGAUAAAAAAAAUGUAUUUCUUCAUUUGAGAGACACUUUAAUCGGUUUUUACUUUUUGAAGUGAGACAAGUGUUGUCAUUUGUUAUUAUUUAGCCACUUGGGGGCACACUGUUCAUCUGAAAGCUGUGGGUAAGCAUCAUUUUAAAUAGUUUGUAGUAUGAUCAUUAAACUUAUGUUCUCUGUGGGAGUA